AUGCAGCGGGAAAACUUGCCACUAGCUCUGCCUUUUGCGCGUCAGUGGACAGUACCUUCCACUGCGGGGAGCGAUGCUGGUUCCACUACCCUCGACUACCCCUCGCGACACGCGGAGUCUCCUUCGCCGCUUAGCCAAUCUCAGGUACCUCGGACACCAUCCCCUGGCAGGACCAGGCCGCGGCAACCGUUGAAGGGGUCCGUUACGUUAGGCUCACCAUCUCCCUUGCCACCGUUGGAGCUCUCACCGUUCGCUUCGCGAGGUGCCGCGUGCCGCUCAGAUGCCUCACUGCAGCUGGUGUCGUGCCCUGCACCUGUGGGUGAAUUUACGAGGAACUUUGGAUCGACCACCGUACCAGAGGCGGUGUCUGCCAAUGGUACGGAUGGCGAGUCGUUCUGGCGGCACCAAGCGCAGCGCUCCGAGGCGACCUGCAGAGCGCUGGAGGAGGAGCUCAUCGCUGUCUACCGCCUUCUUGCCAAAGACGCCGUCGGGGGCUUUCGCACGGGGGUGGCAAGUAGUCCUGCUUCUUUGAUCGAGUUCGGAAGCACCAGCUCUCUCUACGAGACGGUGCUGCAGGAGCGCAACAUGGCGCAACUGGAGCUGGCGCGAGAAAGGGAAAAGGGUUUCCUUCUGCGCUACCGGCUGCGGGAGAUGGAGUCGGAGGUGCAUCGACUGCAACGGGUGCAUUGCCGUAGCGUGGGCAGGCAGCGCACCGGCGAUGCAUCAAAGCGACCAUUGACAUCUGGUAAUUCUGCGCCGCACUUGGAGGUGGCUUCCGUGCAGCGCCGCCGCUCUUACAGUAGCUGCUGUUCGAGCUCUCGCUCUUCUACACAUUCCACGCAUCACGCGCGCCAUUCGCCCACGUACCCACACUCUCGUAGCUCCACGCGACCGUACACCCCGUCGUCCGCGAGAUGGGAAGAGUCGACACGACCAACGUGUGUGCCGAUGUCUAUGUCCUCUACCCAACGCAGCGACGAUUCCAUAGUCGCUCGAUCCUCGGCACCCCCAGCGUCGUUGCCGACACGUCGUGAGGGUGGCUGUCGGGCCGCCACCGCAUCUGUGGAAGCUCCAGCAGCGUUUGCAAGACCCUACGGCCAUGGUACAAAUUUGCCCGCAAACUCGAACCGACAGGUGUCACACGUUUACAAAGCGGAAUCGCGCGACUUGCUCACUUGGGUGCUAAGUGCGCGCCCUUCUUCUUCUGCGAGCCAGUGCCAACCAGCUGCCUGGCGGAAAGGUGCUGCUGGGCCCCGUAACCCAGGACCUGUGCGCCACGCUACCUUUGAGAAUCCACCCCGACACGUGUUUCACAGUGACCUCUUCAGCGCCGCUGCUGCUAUCAGUGAAGAAGAGGGCAGUAGUCGUCUGAUGCGUGGCCCGCCAUGGGACGCAGCGGAGACUCGCCGAGCUAUGCAUCGCCGUCGACUAAGGUUGCCCUCUCCGUUGCCGCAAACGAGCGAUUCCAACGAUAACGACCAAACACGGGAUCACCCCUCGGACACUGUUUCCUCGUUCUGUGCGAUACCUUUGGUGAUGCCAGCGGCACGGGACUCCGUGGAUGCGGCUCACGGUGCGCUCUCCAGAAAGGGGGUCCCAACGAAGCCCGCUGAUCACGGGAAGUGGGUUUUGUGGCAGCCGCCCACCUCUGCGUCACACCAACAGUCCGGAGGUGGGUAA